AUGGGUUCCAUAGCACAAAGCACCAAGCGCUCAAUCACCUCAGAAGACAUCUCUACCCUUCAAUCCCUUCUGGCCAAAACUAGCCCCACAUUGCUCACACCCGAGGACGACAAGUACCCCGCAUCCAUUGCCCGGUGGUCAGCGGCCGCUCAGAAGCCAGCAGGCCUGGUACUUGCUCCAAAAUCUAAUGAAGAAAUUUCCAUCGCUAUCAAGUAUGCUUCAGCACAGAAUAUCGACGUUGCUGUCAAAGGUGGCGGUCAUUCGACGGCUGGAGUCAGCAGUACUGAUGGGGGACUUCUUAUUGACUUGAAUGCUAAUCUGCGCAAUGUCGAGGUCGAGGUGGAGAAGAAGUUGUUGCGGAUUCAAGGUGGGUGUACUUGGGGAGAUGUCGAUAAUGCAGGGGCAAAACAUGGUCUCGCUACAGUAGGUGGCACCGUUGCAGAUACUGGUGUUGGAGGUCUCACUUUGGGCGGUGGCUACGGUUUCCUGACAGGGCAACACGGCCUCACUAUUGAUAAUCUAGUCGAGGCCACUGUCGUGCUGGCUAGCGGCGAGGUUGUCAAGGCCAGCAAAUCUGAAAAUGCCGACUUAUUCUGGGGUCUCUCAGGAGCCGGUCAGAAUUUUGGAGUGGUGACAGAGUUUGUCCUGCAAGCUUAUGAUCAAGGCGAGGUAUGGGCCGGAAUGCUCAUCUUUCCUCCUACACCAGAGGUGGUCGAAAAGCUCGUUACUGCUCUCAACGAUCUCUACACGGUGGACUCGAAUGGAAAAACCAAAGGCGCUGGCCGAGCUGCAGGUGGCCUAGUAUUCAUGAAACCACCACCAACCUUCGACCAAGUAGCCCUGGCCGUCCCAACGAUAUAUUUCGGCACAGAAGCCGAAGCCAAAGAGACGUUCAAGGCUCUAUAUGACAUCGGACCCCUCGCAGAUACUGCCACACUGGUCCCCUACCCAGUGCUGAACACAUUGAUGGCACCCCCAAUUGGCCUUCGCGCAAGCAUGAAAGGCGCUGCCUUCACAAUGCCACUGCGUGUCCAAUCAGUCCAAGAUAUCCUCGCCAACUUCAUCCAAUUCACCAACGACAACGAGGAUGCCAAAGGCAGCAUCAUCUUCUACGAGAUGCUCGAUACAAUCAAGGUCACAGAAUUCGACGCAGGCAGUUUCGCUAACCGGGGGCCGCACAUGAACGCUCUGAUAAUGCCCUUAUGGACUAAGACGGAGAACGACCAAACUUACCGAAAAUGGGCCCGCGACGUGAACGUUCUGUUCAAGGAGGAGCUGCAAAGGUCCGGCCAUGAGACAGGUAAAGGCGUCGAUGGCGGUGUAGGGAUCCGCGGCAGUAAGGGUGCUGUGCUGUUGUAUGGCAACUAUGAUCGUGAGUCGAAUCUACCUCCUAUCCGUUCUAUUGUUGUUCUUACUACUGACUAUUUUGUUACAGAAUAUGACGAGAAGUCCCGCGAUAUCUUUGGCGACAACUACGCGAGGCUGCAAAAGCUCAAGGCCAAGUACGACGCGACCAACGUUUUCAACAAGUUGUUUGCCAUCACGCCUCAGGCAUGA